AUUUUAUAUAUUAAAUCAUACCUUUAUUGCCGUAUCAUACGGGCUUUUUCAGCAAAUCUUUUCUUCUGGAUGAUGCUGUCCCGCCUGCAUAAUUGUACAGAUGCGUUAACUCGCAUCCUGACUUAAAUCCGAGUCGAAAUUCGAAUAAUCGAGUUGAUUGCCACCUACCCGCUGUCGAAUAAUUGGAGCGUACAACUUUAGCCAUACGAGGAUGUCGCACGAUGAUGAGAGGACCUCUUCUUCUGAGGAUGAUGCUCCUGUGGAAUCUCUCAUCGCAGGACGCGCGAAGCGAAGCACGGCAGGGAGUCGUCUGUCUGCUCUUUUAAACGCUGAAGCUGAUGACGAUCUUGCGCUUCUUUUUGAAGAAGUAGACGAUGAUAAUGAAUUCGCGGUCGACGCAGCAGAGGAAGGAGGAGAGGAAGAUGACAUGGGAUUGGACUCUUCUUCGGACGACGAAGAUGACCAGGGACCUAAUGCCCAGGUAGACGACUUGGAAGGGGAAAAGCAGAUUGAGAAAGAUGAGAAGGCAGAGAAGAAAAGAAAAAGAGCCCGAGACGACCUUCGCUUCAGAAUUGCUAGUAAGAAAGUCAAGGUUGACCCAACGACUAUCUCAUCAUCAACAACAACAACACCAAUAACAACGCCUGCUCCCCGCCCGAGAAAGAAAUCCGAGCGUGUUUCGUGGAUCCCUACGCCGGAAGAAGGGCCUACGCGCUCUUCGUCCCGUCGGCAAACCAUGCAGAACAAGGAGCUUACCCAUGCACGACUCAAAGACAGUGAGGAAAAGCGUAUUCGUCUGAUAGCUACUAUGGAGGAGGCGGCCAAGCGCAAAGCAAAACUCAAGCCAAAGGAAAUGACACAGGCUGAACAUCUAGCUGAAGCGGAAAGGGUAGAAAGGCUGAACAGCAAGAGUCUUAACCGAUGGGAAGAGAUGGAGAAGAGAAAGGCUGAAGAAAGACGGGCAAAAAUUGAAGCACUUCAAAACCGCCGUCUCGAAGGCCCCGUGAUGUCUUACUGGAGUGGUCUUGCUACGUGGGUUGACGGCCGCUUAUCGCGCGUUGGUAAAGUCGAUAUUACGCCCAAACCAGAGAAGGAAGAUAGCACACGCAAGAAGAGCAAGAAGGGAGACAAAGAAGGGAAAAGUACGACAGAGCAGGAUUCAAAAGAUGCUGCUGCGGGUCCUGCCAAAUCUCAGACUGCUCCCGCUGCUUCAUCAGAAAACGUUACUACCGAAGGAGUGCCCACUGCUAGUAGCGAAUCCAAGUCAGAUCAAGCUCUCACACAGCCCCAACCAGCAAAAAUUGAUCUAGCCACAAAGGAUAAAACGACCUCUGAGAGCAAACCACCUAAUACUGACGAGAUAUCGACAGCCGCAACAAUCCCUACAAUCCCUCCAGAACCCACCGCUAAACCUCCGCCACCCACCCCAGAAUCUAGCAAUCCACCAAAUACAGAGACAACAGAAUUAAGUAAGGCCGAAAAUGAGAAUGUGGACAAAUCAUCUCAGAGCCAAGCUUCGGAGAAAAGCCCCACUGUCGAAAAUGCACCCGUCGCAAACGGAGAGAAGGCAUCUGAAGAAACAUCAAGCGACACUACAGUUCCUAAAACCGCCGCGGAAGCGUUCAGCGAGACUUUGGCACCGAAAAUUGACGAGCAGCCAGAAACUAUUGAGAAGCCCAAAGAAGAGCAGCCUGCUAAUACAACACAAGAGCCGAUUGAGAAGCCAUCCCUAGGUCCCCAGGCUGUAUCUGAAUCUGCUCAUUUGACCACUAUCCCCAGUGAUACUGCCGCACCGAAUGUUCCCGCGCCAAAUGAUACUGUCACGCCCAUGCAACUUGACGAGCCAGAAAAGGCGCAAUCCCCGGUCCAGCAGGACCAGAAGAAACCUGAAAUCCAUGAAGAUCAAGGAGCUGGCUCGAAUGAGUCUGUCCAGCCAACGGUCCCUCCACCUCCUCCGGUCGUUGAGCAAACCGGACGAUGUCUCACAGUGCUGGAAAAUUUCGAUGAUAAGACCGCCCAGAGCAAGGAGUUCAGUAUUUAUUUUAACGCAAAGAAACCUCCUAGGCUCACAAAGAUUUCCUCAUCCCUCUGUGUCAUCACCUCCCUCCCUUCACGGUACCGGGACCCGGAUACAUCCCUCCCCUUUGCAAAUUCUUAUGCAUAUCACGAAAUCCGCCACACCUCCGAACAAAAGUAUGCCUGGAGCCCAAUGCUCGGAUGCUAUGUUGGGCCUACUGGGGUUGCCGCCCGUGGCGUCCCCGGCAGGUUUUUGGAUCCUUCUCAUGUUGAAGAGAAGGAUCCCAACGAGAAAACGUCUAGCAGCGAGACAAAACCCGCUUCAACAGAAACCAAAAAGGAUAGUGUGGAGAAUCCGGCCAGCACUAACGCUCCGACGUCCACUCCUGCCCCUGCAGCGCCUGCACCUGCACCUAUAGCAACAGGUGCAGGGGACGCCAUGGAAAUUGAUAAAUGAUUCGCGCCUCUCGUACCCUGCGGCUUCGGUUGGCUAUUUCCCCGCUUGAAGAUGUACAAUACUAUUUACGAGAUACCCU